GGGAAGGGGCGGAUUUUCAAGAUGGCGAUUUGAUCUUCUAAAAUUCCAAGUGCCCAGCACAAAGACAGGAAGCCUACACUGUUAUGAUGUUAAAUAGACAAAAUAAUUAAAGCCAUGAUCAAUAAUGGAAACGGGAGAAGAUGUGCUAGCUAGUGCAGAAUCUACUUCGGGGUCUGAUGGAGUAUUUAGUAGUGCAAACGAGAGUCAUGGUAGCGGGGUCGUGGCUAGUGAUACCAGUGAAUCACCUGGAAAAAACAGGGCUUCCUCGAAACAGCAAAGAAAAGUCUACUUCCCAGAUGACGACAGUUUAGUACACAGCUUGGAACCAUUUGAUCCUUGGAAAAAUGUGGGUAACUACACAAGCGAAGAAGUCAUUGAUGCUUACCGAAGCAUCUGUAGUCAACUGAAGGUCAAGCCUUGCGAAAAACUCAUUAAGCAGCUUGAGGCAUGUGAGAGUUUUAAAGAAAGAAUUGAUGUUAUCGAUCUUAGAGGCACAAAGCUUGACUUGAAAAGCUGUGAGACGUUGGAAGAAGUGUUGAGGAAAGUAAGAACAAAUACACUAGACCUUGAGAAUACCAGUUUAGAAGAUGAGGGAACGUUAUCCAUUCUGGAAAUGGUUGAGUUCUACCAUAGUACUUGUAAACUUAACUUAGCAUAYAAUAAUAAGAUUAGAGUAAGAGGUUGGCAAGCACUCUCUAGAACRAUCAAAAGGACACCAUGUUUAGAAUACUUAGAUGUCCGUCAUACUGUCUGGACAGAACAAUCUAUUCCAUUUCUUGGCCGUUCACUUAGACUUAAUUGCCCACUGACGAUAUUACACAUGGAGGCUACAAACCUCUCCGGACGUCCUUUAUUUUUACUUGCUAAUGCAAUUAAAAGUAAUCAAAAUCUUAGAGACCUCUUUCUUGGCGACAAUAAACUGGUCCCUUCAGAUGGACAGUGUAUAGGAGCCAUGUUGAAGGGUAAUGAGAUGUUAAGGUUAUUGGAUUUGAGGAACAAUUCUUUGCAGGACAUGGGACUUGGAUAUAUAUGUGAAGGGCUGGUACAUCAGACACAAGGAGGGCUGCAAACAUUAGUACUUUGGAAUAAUCAAUUGACCUUUCAUGGCAUGGUAAAUCUUGGAGCUGCAUUGGUUCCACUCAAAAGUCUUCAAACUUUAAACCUUGGUCACAACAGACUUACGAAUGAAGGCAUUCACAUGCUAAAGGAUGGCUUACAUUUAAAUAAAUCUUUACAGAGGCUUGGAUUACUUAACACUAGGCUGACCAGUGAAGGAAUAAUCGCUCUAGCUGAGGUUAUUGCAGACAGUAAAACAAUGUUACGGCUGGACAUCCGUGAGAAUGAUCCAUAUGUGGGCGGUCUGAUGGCCUUGGCUCUCUCCUUAAAAAUGAACUAUAGUCUUGUUCGGAUAGAUUUGGAUAAAGAACUUAAGAAAGAACCGGGUAUGGAAACCACUCAACGUAUAUUAUUAGCUGAUAUUUAUAGUUAUUGCCAACGUAAUAAAGCUCUCACCGAAGGGAAGAGUCAACAGUCUUCUGUCAUGCCAGGUGUCACACCAAGUGUCACACCAAGUGUCACACCAGGUGUUACAUCAGGUAUCACACAGGGUGUCACCACAGGUGCCACUCAAACUGAUAGUGGAGCUGCAACCAAUGAACGUUCAUCUGCAGAAACUCCUUGUACGUCAAAUGAUCAACCCCUUAUACAACUGGACAAUGCUCCUAAUAGGAAAGAGGAACAUAAUAUGAUAUCCAAAAAUUCCUAUCCAAUGCCUUCACGAUUUAGGAUAACCAGGAUCUAUGAGGGGUCUGAUGCUGUGAUUCCUGAAACAUCUAGUGGAGAAAACAGCUCCGGUUCUGAAGGAGAAGGAUUGUUAGUAGAAAUUGAACCUAGUUCUCCAGCAGGGAUCUCUAGCAACCUUGAGAAUUUAGAACUCUUUGACUUGGAGUCUGAUUCAUCGAGUUCACAAGAUACAGACUCAGACAGCAAGUUGGAUAAUUUACCCACUUGUGGAAGUAAAGAAAGUGUUGAUUCUAUGGGGACCCCUUUUGAGAGGCCUACUGGUGUGCCUGACAGGGGUGGGGUGGAUGAUUGUGGUUUCAGAAGCAAGGACAGCGUUGAUUCAAUGGGGACGCCAACCUCAAGGCCUCAGGAACCUAUCGCAGCUUUGAUGCAGGACCAUCCUGCUCAUGACUUUGAGCGUGAGUUGGAUGCCAUGUUAGCCAGUGUGAACAAUAGCCAACAACAGGCCAAUGACAAUGAAUUUUGGUUCCAACAGAUGGAUGGCAUUUAUAACAACUCCAAUAAUACUAACAGUAAUAGUCUUCCUACCAACCCACCCACAGGAGAUCUACUGGGCUCCUAGGACUGGCUCACUAACAGAAAAGAAAAGAUAAGUCAGUCAAGAUAGACACAGGAAGCCCAGGUAAAUAGAAAGGAGAAUAAUUUCAAAACAAAUCAAAAAAAGGUCUGAGUUGCGUUUUGGUAUUAUAUUCCUUUCUAUUUUAUCUUAUGGGCAUGAAAGAAACAAAAUAAAUGACAAUGGCUAGAUUUUGUACUUUUGUUGGAAAAAAAAAGAAAGAAAAUUUCAAUAGUCUGCAAUCCUCUUUAUUUUUUGGCCAUUUAUUUUGAUUUUAAUUACGAAUCAUAGAAUAUCUCUUUCAAAAGUAGAUUAGAAUGAUCUAUAACGAUAUGGAAAUGAUGUGUAGUUUGGUUUCUAGAGCCGUCGUACCUUUUGGUCAGCUGCGUCCCAAUAAAAAUAUAGUUUUCUUAAUGCACACCAGAAUCCAUAGUCAACAAUCUGUAAUUCUUUGAUUGAUCAAUGUUAUAUAUGGUUCCUCUGGUUACCUAUCAUUCUAGUGCCUUUAGUUUUUUGAACGGAGACCAAAAUGACCGCGGGCUCUGGUUUUCAUGUGACUUCAUAGCUGCCAUUUUUCUUUUUUUUUUUUUUUGAGUUUAAAAAGAGAGCUCUCUCUGUUAUAUCAACCAGCAUGACAGCCAUGUCUUCUUUUCAUUCACGUGCCAAGCAGCAAUAGGCAUAACAAUAGCUUUUACAUUUGAAUGAUUCGUUUCAAUGAAGUACUCUCUGGGAGAAUCCAGAGCCACAAUUCUAAGAUUACUGUAAAAAUACGAAUAAUAAUUAUAUCAUAAUGAAGAAUUUUAUUACGUGUAAUAAUACACUUGUAAACGAGAAAGACGCCAACUUUGAAAAAAUGUACUUUUGUAACAAUUUAAAACUUUCUUAAUGGUGAUUUUUGAUGCUUUAUUUACAUUACUACUGAGGGGAAAUUAACUUUUCCCCUUGCGUUAGACGACUUGCUGUAGGAAUGCAUCAACCAUUCUUCAUUCCGCUUUCUCAUACCCUCACUCCAGAUUUGUUGAGAAAAAAAUUGGAUCGAGUUGGCAUUGCAACGCAUUGUAGGACUGUUUUAGGGGACGAAUUACACGGCAUAUUGAAAUAUGACCCCUAAGACAGUCUCACAAUGCAUCAUCCUCGGAAUAGAUACGCAACCAUUUCAGUGUAGCUAGAAUGCUGUAGUUGUCCCUUCAAAUGGCUUCCCAUCCAAACAAGCAUUAAAAGUACAAAAAAGUUUCCUCGUAUUUGAUUGGUUAAAAAGGGAAGUCAUUUGAGAGUCAGGGCUAGAAUGUAAGCUUUGAAGAGACUAAUUAGGGAGAGAGCUCACCAAUUUGUGCUACAAUUUCUGCAUCAAGUCGUGUAGCGUGUGCGCGAAAAGCGCUUAAUCCGUAUGCGAUAAAAUUUGAAAACUCUCAGUUGAUCUGAAUGAGUUUAAGCAUCGCAUUGUUCUUUCGAACGCGGCAGCCAUGUUGGCUGGAACAAUCGAUCUUUGCCCGAGUUUGCACAGGCAGAAACAAAGGGUAUCAAAAAUUGUGGAAAUAAACAUGGCUGCUGCGCAGUGACAAAGGUCUAAUAAAAGAUAUUUACAAAUACGUCACGUGACUAUUUUCGCCGCAAUUGAAUGAAAGUAGUCCAAGGUGGUGGGCAGUGAUAACGUGACCUGUUAUCGUAUAAAACCAAUAGAUGUCUGCUUGGUUUCACUAGCGAUGCAACCACGGGCGCAAACAAGGCAACGACAUUUUCUUUUUCGUUGAUGRAAGCGUGACUUAGCCUCCUUUGCAGCCGUUCUUAGGGUCGUCACGCCACGGCUGUAAAGGAGGCUAGCGUGACAUGAGCGCAACGAAAAUGAAAACGAAAGGUCACUGUGAUUGCUUCGCUACUAAAAUUAGGAUUUUACUGAUUCUUACGCAAUACAAAACGCAAAAAAAGUAGUUCAUCUGCUACCCUGGGUUCCAGAGGCUCUCUCGCUCCAGUGCUUCUCUGAGAACUACGACCGACAAGCACUGGAGCGAGAGAGCAUCUUUUGCAUGCGGGAUACGUGUUUCGAUCCCAGAGGAAAUAAAGCCAGGUACAGUAGAUAGUUCUCUUACUUUUCCAGUAGAAAUUUAAUCUUUCUAUAUUUAGUUAAAAACUUACCUAGUUCAGUUAUAAAAGAAAUGCUGUAGGCAAGUAUGUAUCACUUGCGCAGAAUUCAUAAACUGCUGUGUUUAGAUGUUACUUAGAAAAGUUUUUAGAACAACUUGUGAAUUGUUAAAUAGGCUAUUUACAAAUGUAAAAUAUAUUUCGUAUUAUGCGGGA